GGUACCCCGGAUUAUAGGUGUUUCUCUAUUUCACAGCGGACUACAUAACAUUGUUCAGGGAACAGAUCAUCCUCAAACGUCGUGAUGAAAAAUUUGGAUAAAGAAAGCUCUUACGUCAUACGGCCUCCGUUUGAUCAGAAAUUUAGACCUUCUAUCGUCAAAAAUAUUCUUAACACAAUUAUUCGAGAAAAACUAGAAAAUCAGACAUAUUCCGCUGAAGAAACACAUGGCCAGUGUAUCGCUUUAGCGGAUGAAAUUAAACAUGCGCUGAAAAAGAAUCUGACUUUAUCGCGUUACCGGUAUUUGGUCCAAGUGAUUAUCGGUGAGCAACGCGGCCAAGGAGUGAAAGUCGGCUACAGAUGCUACUGGGAUUCAGAUACGGAUAAUUAUGCUGAGGCAUCAUUUACAAACGAGUCUCUUUUUUGCGUUGCGUCUGCAUUCGGCGUGUACAGCUACUGAACAGCAUUGUUGAAACAAAUAAAUCCGUAAACGCCAGCUAACUUCUGUCAUUAAAUAUCGGUGCCUUCUUGAAUAACAAUGAAGCUGAAGGUAAAUGUGGACAGGUGUUUUACAUUGGUAUCGAAAGGCGG